GGGUCAAACGUGUCUGCGCAUGCUCAAAUGGUUUUCUUAGCCGAGAGUCCAAAAUCUGUCAGAUCAGCGCAGCGUUUUUGGAUUAAUACCUCCACUUAUUUUACUUACUGACUUUUCUUCAACUACUCUUCCACCUUUCCCACAGAUAAAGCGCUUCAGUGGGUGGAUAUAGUGCCCUUAACUUUGGAAAUCUAACAAAAUGACGAGCAGUGCGAAGAGGAAAGAAGACAGUCAUUUGGCGAAUGGAGGUGUAAAACAGUCCACAUGGACCAAAGCCCUCAGCAGUAACGCCGUUUGGGAGGAGAAGGAUGAGUUUUUAGAUGUCGUCUACUGGCUUCGUCAAAUUAUUGCUGUAAUACUUGGUGUCAUAUGGGGCAUUGCACCAUUAAAAGGAUUUUUGGGAAUAGCCAUAUUCUGCAUAAUAAAUGCAGGGGUCCUGUAUGUAUACUUCAGCAGCUUUCAACAGAUUGAUGAGGAAGAAUAUGGAGGCACAUGGGAACUCACUAAAGAAGGAUUCAUGACAUCUUUUGCUCUUUUUCUGGUGGUGUGGAUAAUCUUUUACACAGCCCUACAUUUUGACUAACUUCUUCUGUGGACAUUAAUAUCAUUCUUGAUCAUGCCAAACCUCUCUGUGGCUAAUGAGGGCGGUACAUUAUGUCAUCACAAUCUGCAGUGCUUCGUGGGAACCAUGUUGGAAAGAAACAUUUUUAUAUUUCAUCAAGACAUCUUCCAUUACAUUUUCAGUACUUUUGAGUUCAACACCAAUUUCUGUAGGAACAAAUAAUGUACAUUUUUAAGCAUAAGCAAUCCAGAAACUGAUGAACAACUUUGGUAACAAACCCAUUCUAUUUGUGAACAAGCACAUUUCCCCAACCUACUAUAAUUUAUGUAAAAGGUUUAAUUGCAUUUGAAUAAUAAAUUCUACUUAAGACCUAGCAUUUGCUUUUAGUGCACUGUUCAUCUAAUCCACAGGGAAGGAAAUAUGCAAUACAUUUUCCCUAACCACAAAAUGCUUUUGUGUAUGGAAGUACAGUGCAGAGGUUUUAUUAUUCAAAGCUGUUUGAGUAAUUUGGGUAGAUUUGUUUUUCGGUAGCAAAUCACACUGCAUUAAAAGUCUUACAUUAUUUUAAACAUUUUAAUUUAAACUUGUCUGUAAAUAAAAGUACAAUUUGUAAAUUCA